AACAUGACUAUUGAAACAAGUUGGCAGCACUACUGCAUACAUACAUACAGAAGCAGCAGAGAAGUGCAGCAGCAAAGAUAAAGAGAAAAAAAACGGUGCUGGUGCUGCCCCAGCAGUGGGUGUUGUAUCCAAUAUACGCAUUUGGGAUACCAAUUUAGCAAGUAACAAUAACAUCAAUAAUAAUAAUAAAAACGAGAAUGUCAUCGACAACAACAAAUUGUGGUGGGCUCGGCAAACAGCAGCGUCGUCGCUUGGCCGCCUUCGAUUUCGAUCACACAAUUGUAUCGCAAAAUACGGACACUGUGGUGCGGGACAUGCUGCCCAAUGAGCUGGUGCAGUCGAGUGCGCUCAACGAGCUGAUGGAGAACGAUUGCUGGACGGAAUACAUGGCGGAGGUGUUUCGUUUGUUGCAUGCGCAACAAGUACCGGAGUCGCGGAUACGCGACACAAUCCGUUGCAUACCCGAGGUGCCCGGAUUUGUGCGGCUCAUUAAGCAUCUGCAUAAGAAGCUGCAAUUUGAUUUGAUCAUCAUCAGUGAUUCGAAUAGCAUAUUCAUUGAUGAAUGGCUGCGUGCCCACAAUUUGUCCGAUUGCUUCAAUGCAAUCUUUACCAAUCCCGCUGAAUUUGAUGCACAGGGACAACUUUUGGUCCGACCGUAUCAUCAGCAAACGGAUUGCAAACUGAGUGCGAGCAAUUUAUGCAAGGGACGUGUCCUCGAGCAUUUUGUUAUUGAACAGGAUUUACGUUUCAAUAUCCGAUAUGAUCAUGUCUUCUAUGUCGGCGAUGGCAACAAUGAUAUUUGUCCCGUUUUGCGUCAACGUGCCUGUGACUUUGCCUGUGCACGCCAAGGAUUUGCCAUGGAGAAGCAUUUGAUUAAGAAUCGCAACAAAUUGAAGUUGCGGGCUAAUCUCAUCAUUUGGCGCAGCGGUUUUGAGCUUUUGGAUCAAAUGUGCUCCUUGCCACAACUGCAAGGACCUCCUCCGCCUGUUUCACAGGAUGCCCAAUCCCUGUCCCUCAAUGUGGAUGCCAAUUGUAAGGCUGAAAUGGCCAGACGGGCAUCGGCAAUCGCCGCUCCCGUCGAUCGCCAGCAGUAAAUCUUCAAAAUAUCCAAA